AUGAAUGACUUUAGGACUCUCUUUACUAAAAAUAAUCUAUUCUAUUCUUCUACAAAAAAAAAGGUUUCAGUAACAUCAAUGACCAUAAAGACAGAUACAGCCACUACUACAUCCUAUUCUGGCUAUUUCAAUGUUAAUGAAACCACCAAUGCUAACCUCUUUUACUGGUUUUUUGAAGCUCAAACUAAUGCAUCAACUGCCCCAUUUGUAAUUUGGUUGACAGGUGGACCUGGUUGUUCAUCUGAGAUGGCUAUCUUUUACGAAAAUGGUCCAUUCAAGAUUAAUGAAGACCUUUCUCUUGCUUCAAACCCAUACAGUUGGAAUUUAGUUUCAAACAUUUUAUAUGUUGACAGUCCAGUUGGAACUGGUUUUUCAUAUGUUGAGGAUCCAAGUGGAUACUCUACCAAUGAAGUUGAAGUUGCUUCUAAUCUUUACAGUUUGCUUACUCAAUUCUUUGAAAAGUAUCCACAAUAUGCUGGUCUUCCAUUCUUUGUUUUUGGUGAAUCAUAUGCCGGACAUUAUGUACCAGCUCUUUCAUACUACAUCUUUGAACAAAAUAAGGUUAGUGGAGUCAAGAAGAUUAAUCUCAAGGGUUUGGCCACUGGUAAUGCCAUGGUUUAUCCAAAGGUUCAAUAUGGAAGUCUUGGUCUCAUGGCCUACUCGCAUGGUUUGAUUGAUGAGUUAGUUUUAAAGGAAACUGAUGGUCUCUACUCUGCAUGUGUUCAAGCUAUCGAUUCUGGAAACUAUAACCAAUCAUCUGAAAUUUGUAAUUCAAUCAUUGAUACCAUUUCAGCUGCUGCUGGUCCAUUCAAUGUUUAUGAUGUAACCAAGACUUGUCCUAGUGACCUUCCACUUUGUUACAACUUUACUCUUGCCCAAGUUUAUUUGGACCAACCAUCUGUUCGUCAAUCACUUGGAAUUCCAUCCAAUGUCCAAUGGUCAAUGUGCAGUGGUACCGUCUACCAAGAUAUCAUUGGUGAUUGGUUUGACACUGAAGUCGAGCAUAUCCCAACUCUUCUCGAAGCCGGUAUCGAUGUUCUUGUAUACAAUGGAAACCUUGGUUGGAUUUGCAACUUUAUUGGAUCUGAGCAAUGGGUCCGUGAUAUGAAAUGGAAGGGUCAAUCCCAAUUUAACAAGUCACAAAGACAAAUCUUUUGGAAUGGUCCAACCAUUGCCGGUUGGUUCAAUACUUAUGGUGGUUUAACUUUUAUGAAUAUUCAAAAUGCUGGAAUCGAUGGCUUGAACUACAGCACUGCAUCAGCACCCGAAUUCAUCCAAUGA